GUCCGGAUUGUUUUGUCUCCCGUCUUCCCCACCGAAGCAGGAGGAGCCUCCUGCUAACGCCGGCGCUCCCUGGGUUGCUGGCGACCGGGAUCCUGCGCCAGGCGAGGCCGCGUCGCAGCCCCCCGUGGAGAAGCCUCCGAAAGGAAGCGCCGAGGAGCAAGUGCCGCCCCUUCUGCCGCCCCGCCCCCGCCCCGCCCCCCCCCCCCCCUCCCCGCCGUAUUUCGAGGGGGCUCCUUUUCCUCGGCCCCUGUGGCUUCGGCACACGUAUAACCAGUGGGUUCCUCAGCCGCCGCCGCGGACUAUAAAGAGGACAAGGAGGCGUUUGUCACGGAAUAGAGACCCGGGAAGGCUGAUCAUGAGCACUAUCAGACUACGGCCAAGGCAGGUGCUCUGUGAGAAGUGCAAAAACACGCUGAACCCCGAGGACGCAAACGCAGCGAGGCAGAAUGCGAAAACGAGGAGGAAACUGAGCGUUCAGGACAAGGAGCAGAAAAAGCACAGUGACUCUGACUACACGGAGAAAAGAAACAAAAGAGAAAAGAGAGAGGAAGACAAGUUUUCUGGGGAACUAGUGCAUCGAACUCCAGUUAUAAAAAUAUCCUACAGUACUCCACAAGGGAAAGGUGAAGUUGUGAAAAUUCCGUCACGCGUUCAUGGCUCAGUCAAACCGUUUUGUGCCCAGCGAAUAUUGCAGAAUGGAGAGGAGGACCAAGAGGAGACUAGAGACUCUGAGCAGUGUCAAGAAACCGAAUGUUUAAUAGACAAGUCAGCAGGCAGCCAGCUUGCUUCCAUUCCAAAACUGAAGCUCACCCGGCCUGUGCAUUCCAGUGCAGAUGUUCCACCUCCAAAGAUCCGACUGAAGCCCCAUCGAAUAAAUGAUGGUCAGAAUGUUUCAAUUUAUAAAGCAGAACUCAUUGAUGAGAUAAAUGUCCUUCAGAACAGCAGGGAGUCCAAUCCUGGUGCAUUUUACAAUGACGAAUCUACAGACAGGAGUUUAGCUGAGAUAUCUUCAGGGAGUUCAGGGGAAGAUGAUGACUUUAAAAGAUUUCCCCAAGGUAAAGAUGGACAUGAUAACUUGGCGUUCCUUAUGAAUUAUCGUAAAAGAAAAGCAGAUUCUUCUAGUUUGUCUGUGUGUAGUAAUGACAGUCUAGAUGAAUCCAAGUCUUCUAGUUCAGAAAUAACAUCACCAGAAAUGUGUGACUUCAUACCUGGUGAUGAUGCGUCUGUCUCUUCGUCUUCAAAAGAUGAGCGUAAGAUUGUGCCACCAUUAACAGUUAGACUACAUACGCAAAGUGUGUCUAAAUGUGUCACUGAAGACGGAAGAACUGUUUCGGUGGGGGAUAUUGUUUGGGGUAAAAUUCACGGUUUUCCGUGGUGGCCUGCACGUGUUCUUGACAUAAACCUUAGCCAGAAGGAAAAUGGGGAACCUUCAUGGCGAGAAGCUAAAGUAUCAUGGUUUGGUUCUCCAACGACUUCAUUGUUAUCUGUUUCAAAACUCUCUCCUUUCUCUGAAUUUUUCAAACUGAGAUUUAAUCGCAAGAAGAAGGGGAUGUAUCGGAAAGCUAUCACAGAAGCUGCAAAGGCAGUAGAGCAUCUGACUCCAGAGAUAAGAGAUCUCUUAACACAGUUUGAAACAUAACUUUGCCUCUGGUAUCAGGUAACCGACGAUAAGAGCACGGCUGUUCUCCUAGAGCGUCACGAAGUCUGCAACGGCCUGACACGCUCCCGGGAGCGCGGGAGGAGC